AGUUUCCACUGGACUUUUCCACUUAGCUUUGAUUGCCAUCCCAUACACCACCACAUUGUAAACGCAAACUUAAAAUUCUCGACGACAAAUUCUUCUCUCUGUGCUUCCUCUUCCCUCCCCUUCCUUUCCAGCUAGCCAGCAAAUACCCUUCCUUCCUUUUCCUUUCCAGCUAGACAGGCAACAAUGUACACAGCAAACCCCAUACAUGGUAAGUAGCGAGGAGUAGUAGUCCUGAACACUCACACACCUACUAACCGGAACAGAUGAGACCAAAUCUAAAAGAAUCAAGCUCCCUUUGACGUCCCCUCCCAUGGCCAAAGGACUCAAAUCUUUGUGGCUAUUCCUUUUCCUUUUCCUCUUCACAAACCCAGUUCUCUCCCAGCUCAAUGAGUUCGUCUACAACGGAUUCAAGACUCCCAACAACAACAACAACAGCAUAAGCCUCAACGGCGUCGCAGAGAUCCAACACAACGGUCUCCUCAAGCUAACCAACGACACCACCCGGCUAAUCGGCCACGCCUUCUACCCAAACCCGAUCCAAUUCAUAAACUCCACCGACGGUAAAGCCUUCUCCUUCUCCACCGCCUUCGCUUUUGCAAUCGUCCCGGAGUACGCGAAGCUGGGCGGCCACGGCUUCGCCUUCACUAUCUCCCCAUCAAAGGACCUCCAGGGGGCCCUCCCCAGCCAGUACUUGGGAAUUCUAAACUCCAACAACACCGGUAACUCCUCCAACCACAUCUUCGCCGUCGAGUUCGACACCGUCCAGGACUUCGAGUUCAAGGACAUCAACGACAACCACGUCGGCAUCGACAUAAACGGCCUGGUCUCGAACGCUUCGGUAAACGCUAGUUACUUCACCGAAGCCGAUUCGACACCGCGUUUUUUAAACCUCAAGAGUGGGAAAACGAUUCAAGCUUGGAUCGACUACGACUCGACCACAAACCAACUCAACGUCACCCUUUCACUCUCCUCGACGAAACCCAGUUCGUCGAUUUUGUCUUUCGAUGUCGAUCUCUCUCCUAUUUUACAAGACACCAUGUACGUGGGAUUCUCUGCUUCAACUGGUCUACUCGCGAGCUACCACUAUAUACAGGGGUGGAGCUUUAGAAUCAGGGGUGGACAAGCUUCGUCGCUCGAUCUCUCCUUUCUCCCUUCACUGCCAGGUAAAAAACAGAGCCAGACGGGUUUAGUCAUAGGGCUAUCUGUGACCGUUACCCUCAUCGUCGUUCUCUCAAUCGGAGCGGCGUUUUAUUUGAUCAGAAAGAUAAAAAACGCUGACGUUGUUGAAGAUUGGGAGCUCGACAUCGGGCCGCACAGAUUCUCCUACAAAGAGCUGAAGCAUGCCACGAGGGGGUUUAGAGACAAGGAGCUACUGGGGUUUGGCGGAUUCGGCCGGGUUUACAAAGGAACCCUGCCGAAAUCCAACACCCAGGUCGCGGUUAAGAGAAUAUCUCACGAGUCGAAGCAGGGGUUCCGCGAGUUCGCGUCGGAGAUCGCGAGCAUGGGCCGGUUGCGCCACCGGAACCUCGUCCAGUUGAUCGGGUGGUGUCGACGGAGAACUGAUUUGUUACUGGUCUACGAUUUCAUGCCUAAUGGAAGCCUCGAUAAGUAUAUUUUCGACGAACCAAAAGUGAAUCUGAGUUGGGAACAGAGAUUCAAGAUUAUAAAAGGGGUUGCUUCGGGUUUGCUUUACUUACACGAGGAGUGGGAACAGACCGUGAUUCACCGAGAUGUGAAAGCGGGGAAUGUGUUGUUGGACUCAGACUUAAACGGCCGGCUCGGGGAUUUCGGGCUCGCGAAAUUAUACGAGCACGGGUCAAACCCGAGUACAACCAGAGUGGUGGGGACGUUGGGGUAUUUGGCACCGGAGCUAACCCGGACGGGGAAGCCGACAGCGAGCUCGGACGUGUUUGCUUUUGGGGCUUUGUUGUUAGAAAUUGUGUGCGGGAGGAGGCCUAUUGAGCCGAAGGCGAUGCCGGAAGAGCUUGUUUUGGUGGAGUGGGUAUGGGAGAAGUGGAAGCAAGGGGCGAUUUUGGAAGUGGUGGAUAAGAGAUUGGGAGGGGAGUGUGAUGAAAUUGAGGUGGUGGUGGUGGUGAAGCUUGGGUUGAUGUGUUCGAGUAGUGUGCCAGGGAGGAGGCCGAGUAUGAGGCAGGUCAUGAGGUACUUGGAAGGGGAGACGGGGUUGCCGGAGGAGCUGGCGCCGCCGGGUGAGUAUGACGGGGGAAAGAGGGGUGGUGGUGGUGGGAUUGAGUUUGAGGAUUUUGUGCAUUCGUAUCCGUCGUCAUCGGGGAUGUUUGAGAAGGCGAGCCCACGCUCGUCGGUGGGGGAACGGAAUGGGAAUGUGGAUGUUGAAACUGGGUUGAGUGUUUCGACUGUGUCCAUCUCCGGUGGAGGAGAUGGCAGGUAGCCAAUGCUAGGUUUUUUUUUUCCCUCUAGUAUAUGUUUUAUUUGUCUUAAAUUGGGUUUUGGAAUUCUGGCGCACAUAAAUUUUCAUUCUUUUCUUGGGAAUUGGAUGGAGAGGAACUUGAAAUUUGGCAGGAUGAAAUGGCGAUCUGAAGCACAGUGGUUGUUAGUCUUUGUGUUCUUUUUCGGAAGAACAAACUGGUUUACGUUGGAAGGGUGGUUCUUGAUGGAAUUUGUAAAUACGUUGCUGUCAAUGGGAAGCAUUUGAAAUCCUUUUCUGUUGCAAA